AUUCCUCUCGGCUCACAACUUACUUUUGUUUUAGCACUCAAAAAAUUAAAAAUAAAGUAAAAAGUAAAGCCAACCAAAUGUUCGGAGUAGAAGAGGAAAUUCUUAGUUGUUUUUUUGCACGUAUAAAAUCUUUUGUGUUGCAUUUUGGCGCUGCCUUGGAUAUUCGGGAAAAUGAAAAGGGCACCGCUAAAAAGUUCCAUGUGAAAAUUCAGGAAAAGCCAACUGCAUUGAUACUUAUAUACAUAUGUAUAUAUAUAUUUCUACUUGUUUUUGUGAUUCACAUCCGAUCUGAAAAAAUAUAGGAAAGUGUAAUUCGCGGUGUAGUGUACAGUUCGAGCAGCAGAAAUCAUGUCCAGAAACAAGGCCGCCAUGGUUAGCGCCUUCCGGCUGCUCCUCCGCCCGUCUCCCGCCCACAGGAAUAUUGCCCUGCGCCUGGCCCCUGUCACGACCUUCGCCCUGCAUCUACGAGCGGGACAUGAGCUCCAGCAGCACAGAAGCUUUGCAUCUACGGCGGACGACGAUGAUGGCAAAAAGUCGGACAAGCAUAAAAACCAACUGAAUUCUGGAGAUAUCACGCGACUGACUCUGACCGAGCUGAGGACGCGCCUAAGAGCCCUCGGACUGAGUGCAUCCGGCCGAAAGCAGGUCCUGCUCGAGCGGCUGGCAACAUCCAGCGGGGCAGUCAGGGCUGCAACAAGCGGCUCCAAUUUGUCCUCGAAGGCGGUGUCUUCCACUGAGGAGCUCGUAAAUAAUUCAGAAACGACCUCUGGGAUGUCCCCCCCAAAAGACACUGACCAGCAGAAUGACGACAUCUAUGUGGAGUAUGUGAAUGGUAUGCCACACAUAACUGUCCGCCUGCCCAGCCGCAAUGAACUCUGCCAGUUUGCCCUGAAACCCAUCACCCACAAUGUGGGCGAUCUGCUCGCCAUGCUAAGAGCUGAGGAUCGCGGAAUCGAUCGAGCUGCGAUCAUCAACAAGCAUGGAGUGCGCAUUGCCUCGUCCUGCACCAUCGACAGCCUACUGGAUGACUCAUUUUGCAUACAAAUCAACAAUCGCACACUGGAGGUAAAUCCACCGAAGCGGGAGAAGAUUACCGGGGAAUCUAUAGACAAAGUCGGUGAUGUGCGAAAAGUUAUAGCUCAGCUAUAUGAGGCAUUUAAUGUGGGUGAAUAUCAGCUGGAGAAGAGCAAUCAACUGGCCAAGGAGCUAGAGAGUUUACGUUAUGAACUCGAGCCAUUAGAGGAGCAAAAACUGGAACUGAGCAAAAAGGCGGCUCGACGCACCAAUUUUAUGACCUGGAUGGGCUUAGGCCUGAUGUCUGUGCAGUUUGGAAUAUUGGCGCGCUUGACCUGGUGGGAAUACUCUUGGGAUAUCAUGGAGCCUGUCACUUAUUUUGUAACCUAUGGAACGACAAUGGCAAUGUAUGCCUACUAUUGCGUAACGAAGAAAGAGUACAUCAUGGAGCACGUAAAGAACCGUGAGUACUCCCUCACACUCUACAGGAACGCCAAGAAGAUCCAGUUCGAUGUGGAUCACUACAACGAGCUGAAGCGAAAGUCGGCCGAGUUGGAGUACAAUCUGAGGAGGAUCCAUGAUCCGCUGAACAUGCAACUGCCUUCGCAUCUGGUGCGCACCCAGGAGAACACGCCACCCACCCAGCUUGAGGAGAACAGGGAACAGCGGAAAUCGACUUAAGGACUUUUAGGAAAAGCUUGUGGGAAUUUGAUAUGAAACUCAAGAAACACUAUUUUUAACUCGUCUCGCAAGCGUUAGAUAACAACAAAUAAAAGUCCCCCAUUUAGCUAAAGGUUCAGGUGAUCCGAGAGAUCGAUAUCGGUGUUUAAAUAGAUUUUGUGUACGCAUCACAUGUUGUGUAAAUUCA